UAUCAAUAGAACUAUCAUGAUUACAACACUUGGAAAUUGUUUUUUAACUCAAAGGUUAUCAUAAUUAUUACUAUAUCAAACUUUAAAGUUGUAUACAAUAAACAGUUAACAACUAUUGUGAACUUUUUACAAAAUGUCUGAAAAAAACAGAAAUGAUCAAAAAGUUCCAAUAUCUUCAAGAAGUAUUCAGUUCAUGAUAGCAAUAUUUGGAAUAGUUUCACUUACACUAGUCAACAUCACAGUUAUUGUGAAACAAUUUCAUCCAAAGUGGAGAGAUUCCCCAAGUUCUAUGAUAUUACAAACUGGAAUAACUCUGUUUGGUUUCCUUAUAAUCAUAUUUCUUGUUGUAAUAAGUCAAUUGAAUAAAACGUCUGAAAUGUUAAUAGAAGAAGAGAAUAAGCAUGAAUCAAUAGACAAAGAAGUAUUGGCUCGUCAAGAAACAAAAGAUGAUACAUACAUAUUAUCCGUUUAAUAUUGAAUUUAUUCAAGUAAUUUACUGUGUUCAAUUCAUUUCAAUGCAUUAGGUAUCUUAACAACGGUUAUCAUCAUGAUUUAUCCUAUUUAAUAUUUUAAACAUUUUAUAAACAAAUGAAUUAAUAAACUUCUUAAGAAUUCAUUAUUAUUUUUGCCCUCAAGUUGUAUUAUUUAUUAGGCAUUGGGUAAAGAGAUACUCCUGGAGUUCUAGUGGGAAGCCGUCACCAGUGGAGUACAACCAGGUCUGUUGUGAGAUAUCAGCUCACUGAAGACAAUGGUAUAUGGUGGCGCAACUUCGUGGAUUGGUUGAAGUUAGACAUUAACACCGUUGGAUGCCGGCUCAGUGGUCUAAUGGUUAAGUGCUCGCGCGCGAAGCCAGUAGGUCCUGGGUUCGAGCCCCGCGUGGCGCGGGACCGUGGAUGCGCACUGCUGAGGAGUCCCAUACUAGGACGAAACGGCCGUCCAAUGCUUCCAGGUUUUCAAUGGUGGUCUAGCUUCAACUGACUCAUGAUUUAAAUCUGUGUAAACUUAAAUGAAUCAAAACAGUAAUAUAAUCUCACUAGUUGAGUCAAUCGUGAUUCAAAUGAAACUAGACCACCAUGGGAAACCUGGAAGCACUGGAUGGCCGUUUCAUCCUAGUAUGGGACUCCUCAGCAGUGCCCAUCCACGAUAAUAAUAUAUUCUAUUGAUGAAAUAAAUCACUUCUAUAAUUUAAAUCACGAACUGGUUUUAGCUACAUUAUCUUUAAAAACUUGGAAGUAUUAGACAGCUGUUUCUUCCUAGUAUAGAACUUCUUAGUAAUGAGCAAUCACAACACAAUGCUGCUUGAUUUUUAAUGUUGAUCUCAAUAAGAUCAGUUCGUUAUUUAAACUAUAAAAAAUCUACUAUUUUCAUAAAUUCCCCCAACCCCAUUCAAAUAAAUAAACCUUAGAGCCUAGGAAUAUUAAAAUCAGUAGUUUCUAAGAGAAAUAUCAACCUUAGUUAUGUGAGACGAACACCUUUGUAGAGUUUAAUUUUUGUAAUUUAAGUUAAAGAUUGAGUUUAUCAUUUUAAAAAAUAUAUUUAUUAUAAGGUGUGACCAAUAUUGAUGGGAUAUAGACUGAAUUCAAUGUAUGUAGGUCAGUUUAUUUCCACUUCAAUCAACUGUAUUGUUAAAUCAUCUAAAGAGAUGGUGAUCUAUUACAUAAUCAACUACGUGAAUAUUCAUGAUGGAUAAGUGAAAAAACAGAGAAACUUAGUUCAUAAGAUGUAAGAUUUCAGAAUAAGCUUGUAAAUUCCUUAUAUUACGAUCCACUUCAUUUCUUACAUGAGUUUGGUAGCACUUUAACUCAGUUUAUUAGUAAAUCCACCUCUUCACUUCGUGUCUACAUACUUGAGUAAUAGGUUGGACUUGUAUAUAGGAAUAAUGCAUAUCAUUGUUUGAAUCGGAUGAUCAUCUAACAGAAGAAUAAGAAAGACUAAUAUUGAAAAAUUAGUAAUACUUUUGUUUUACCGGAACGAAAAAUAAAUGAACUGGUAGAAAUUAAUUAUGGAUUAUCAUUAAAUAUAUUCCUUUUGGAUAAUUAAUAAGUGACUGGAAUAUAUAUACCUUUUAUCACAAGAUUCGAUUUGGCCUAUGGGCUAUUAUUAUACGAUUUACUAUUCUUAACUUAUUCCCAGUUUAUCAGUUACAGUAUCCCACACUCACAGUUACUUUUGGCUUCAUGAGGUCUGGUUUACUCAUAUAUGAACCACAUAUAUCUGAAAUGUGAUUCAUGCAGCGGAAGCUGAGAUUAAGAUCUAAACUGAACGGGCUGGACUAGGCGAUAAGCUACCACAUCUAGGACCAAUAAGGAUACAGAGUUGUUUCAAGACUGGUGGUUCUGCUUGACGUGUCAUUGGUUUAGCAAAGGAACAAGGUCAUAUGAACCAGUAUUUUGAUUGGUGACUUUUUCAUGUGAUAUUUGAUGGGGCAUAGGAUACAACAACUUUUAGCUUAUUUACUUAAACGUUCUUUCCAUCUAAAAUGUUACGUAAAUGUUUACCUGCUUUUUGGGUCUGUGUAGAAGUAGGAAUCUUAUCUGUUCAUAUAUGAUGAUGUUUGUUAAAGAGUAAGUCUUAUAGGCUUGAUCUGAUCUUUACUUUUAACAUAAAGUCGUACGAUGCAAUUUUGAAUCGCAUAUUGAUGUAGAUGUUUGUUUUGGAAAAAAAAUUAUCAGAGCUAUUAACAUUAUUAGGCUCAUAUACGGUUCUUAUAAAUGUAUAGAGUACACAUUAUGUACAUACUCCACACUGAAUAGUCUAUCUUUUUUUCAUUUGCAUAUAUUUAUAUUUGACAUUACGGAGUAAACCUUGCUUGUAUAAAAGUAGGAAAGAUGACUAUUGAACAUAGAUACUACAACUACAAUGUAUAUAUCCUACAUAUAGAACAGUUGAUCAACUAAUAUCUCAUCCAAUUAAGAGUAAUUUUGGGAAGAACAUUUAGUUAAUAAUAUCUUUUCCCUAUUCAGUAUGCAUUUGUAAACAAUUUUUCAAUUUUUUAUAUCCUACAUGCAACUCUUUAAUAUUUAACUUAAUUUAGGCGGUGAUGAAUUUCCAGUAAACAAAUGUUACAUUCUAAGCAUAGAUGGAUAAUAGCUAGCAGUGGAAUCCAUAACGCACUGGAUAUAACUGCAUACGGAGUUUAGGUACAUCCAACUGACCAGUCCUAAAUAGGACGAAACACGCGUUCUGAAUUCCACUGCUAGCGACUAUCCAUCUUUGUUUGUAGUGCUUGUGACUUAAGUUAAUAUCAGGGCAAUCUGUACAGGACAUACAUAUAUCAAUAAGAGACUAAUUAAUUGCAGUCCUAAAAACCAAUGGGAAGAUUCAGAUGAACAAUACAAAAUGUAUUGAAUAUUAUAUUUCAACAUUUGAGAUCAUGAGCCAAUUGAAGCUAGACCACCAUGGGAAACCUAGAAGCACUGGACGGCGGUUUCGUGCUAUUGUAGAACUCCUCAACAGUGAGCAUCCACGACCUCGCCUCCCAGGACUAGAGCCCAAGACCUAUCAGUCUCUCUCCAGGCGCUUAACCAAUUAGACCACUGAGUCGGCAUCCAAUGGUGUUAAUGUCUAACUUCAACUAAUCCACGAAAUUGAGCGACACAUCCACCAUUGUCAUCAGUGAGUUACUACCUCACAACUGACCCGGUUGAACUCCACUGGUCACUGUUUCUCACUAAAAAUUUCUAGGAUAUACCUCUUGAAGCCAGUCACUAGCGAGCAUAUGUUAAAUAGUAUUAGAAGGGGUUUUGUAGAGAUUGUAGUAAUUUCAACAGUUGAGACUGACAGGUCUCGGGUUCGAAUCCCGCGAGGCAGGAUCGUGGAUGAGAACUGCUGAAGAGUCCCACGAUAGGACCCCUUCUGAAUAUUAUAUUGUUAUUUUCAGUUAUUUAAUAGAUAUCCUUGUUGAAAAUAUAACUUAAAAUGUUUGUUCCAUUGAAAGAUUAUAAAUAACAUUCAAACAGUAUGUGAUAAAUUCAGUAUUAAAGGUUGUGUUAUGGAUAGGAAUAAAAAACUAUCACUUCAAAUAAUUAUGAUUCUUUAAUAUGUAGAGCAUAGUACAAAAUAAUUCAGUAAAGCAUUUAGUUUAUUUAAAGAUGUUUUUCGAUAAUGUAAUAAGGAGACAAAAAUAAUCAGAACCAUGUGAUGGUAUAUUAGAGCAAUACAUUUCAAACAAUCUGAUCACACACAUAAUGUACUUGUUAAGAACAUUUAUAUAUAAAGAUUAAAGGUCAACUAGACUGAAAAUGGGGGUAAGACGUGACUAGGGUUAUAAUAAUAAUAAUAAUAAUAAUAAUAAUAAUAAUAAUAAUAAUAAUAAUAAUAAUAAUGUGUGAUCAGAUUGUUCGAAAUAUAUUCCACUAAUAUACCAUCACAUAGUUCUGAUAAUCUUCGUCUUCUUAUUACAUGAUCGAAAUUUAUCAAAGGGACUGAUUGCUUUAAAGAUGUUUGUUUCGACAAUUUUCUACUAGAAUAAAUAUUGAGAAGAUUUAUGCAUUAUUCACUGUGUUUAUUGUGUGUAAGUUUCGAGGUUUAUAAUCUUUCUAGAGUUUAACUACUUAAUUUGAAUAAAGAUAAUAAUGAAUAUAUCGAUGGUAUUUGUAAUGAAUAGUAUUUUCAUCCAUGAGUGUCGAAUUUCACAUAUUCGAUUGUUUUGAUGGCAAGAGUUCGAGUCCCUCCAUGUUUUUAAGCUAUAUUUCAUUCAAUGUCUUUUUUUCCCUAAUUACAUUUUAUUUACUCGUUAAAUGAACAUCAUGUUUCAAAUAUGUUGUAUAUUCAUGAAUUCAAAAACGAUCUUCACUUUCAUAUAGUUAUACAAUAACAAUUAUAGUUAAACGUUCAUAGUUGUUCCUUGUCAAAUAUUACCAUUGAACUUGGUAAGUCUUAUCGAAUCACUAUGAAUUGGGACUAAUCCUAUUUAUUACAAUUUACUGAUGUAAAUAUACUUAACCAGCUGGUUUUAGAUGGUCACUGACAUACGCAGUAAAAAUAAAUGUGUUUGUUAUAUCUAUUAUACUAACGGAUGAAUUAAGGAAGGUAAAAAUGAAUUUGUGGGCAAUGAUAGGAAAAUCGUUGACAAUAAACAAUCGAUAGAACAAAAUGUUAGCUACUCAUGAAGAAAUUUUUUUGGAUACUUCUUUCUGAAGUUUGUACUGAAAAUGGUUUCUAGAAAUUAAACUAUUUAGCACAGAGCACUCAACUUAAUCCAAUUCUUUCUUUUAAACAAUAAAUUUCCCCUCAUUUCAUUUGUAGUGGAUUAUCUUUGAGACGAUUCCUUGGACUACUUAUAUCACUCGCCCUGAUAACUGUCAUUGAAUCUCAACGGUGUAUAAAUUGCCGGAGGCAACACGAACCACCGACUACAGAUUAUUGUUGAAUAACACAGAUCACUAGGUCACAAACACACCAAGAGAAUUUGAGCAGAAAUGUUAAUGCGAGCGAGUGAAUACAUAUGUGAAUUAAGAAUCGGAUAAAGAAUAGAAUGAAAGACCAAUAAAUGGAUAAGAUAUAAAUACACAUAUAUGAGAAAAUAAACGAUUCAUCAAGCGAUUAAAGCAAGUAACAUUUAAACAAAUUACAUGGGAUAUGUGUCUAGGCUUUCACAUGUAAUCAAGCAUACAUAUUCAUACGGACAUGGUAAUAGUGCCAAAAUAUGCAAAUUGUUGCUGCACGAAGAAUACUGUCUGUUAGAUAAGUUUAUUGAAGGACUUAACAAAAUUAAACGUAAACAAAUUGAAGUGUACGAUGCGUGUUACAUAUUUCUCCUUGUACAUCUAGAUUCUAUACAUGAGCUUAGAAAAAAUAAAAUCUCUUU